GUACGGCAGGUGUAAAACACGAUAGUUGUAAAAUGGUAUUUUAGAGGCGGUCUCUACCUGUCAACGACAUUCUUUUUUACGGUGUUGAGAAGUGAGGAUCUAGAAAUAAAUAUAAUAAAAAUUAAUUUUAAUUAGCAUUAAAGAAUUUGUUCGGAACUUAGACAAUAUAUUAAUAUGAACUAGCAUAACCGCAAUUGGAUAUAAAUUUAAUAAUUCUAAUUUAUAUAUACAGAGUCUGUGGAUUAUAUAAGACAUAACAAUGUUGGGAUCGAAGAAACAACAGUUUUACGUUCAGUUUCUCGGAUGGGUAGAAACCAGCGGCCUGCGCGGGGUUCGAUACACGGACCCGGUUAUCAAUGACCUACGCAGGAAAGCAAAGAAAUGGAAAUAUGCACCGAAACUUACUUUGCAAGUUGGAAAGAAAGAGAUGAAGAUUACUCAGGACAUACAAGAUGAAAAGAAAAAAGGGAAGAAGAUAAAGACCAUUAAGUUCCCGAUUAUACCGUCACGUGACAUCACUUUCGCCGUGCAGGCCCAGAAUCCUCUGGACGGAACACCAGACGACAUUGUUGCCUGUAUCUAUCUCGGAUAUGUUCCAAGAACGCAGAGAUAUGUUCACGUGCACGUAUACAGAUUUGACUCUUCAGAGACGGCGACAACGUUCACACGUUUCCUUAACCACAUCAUUGCUUCAAACGCUGAUCGAACGCUCGAUAUCGAACGACAACUCAUCCAGCAAGGUCAUAUAGAAGACCAGCCAAGCCGAGUACCAAUCAAUGUUCAUGUACGUACUACUCACAUGAACCACAACAACAACCGGUUCAAUUCCUCUGACGGAAUGAGCGACCGGGCUCAAUUUGAAGAUUCCGGGGCGGAUUCGGGAUCAUUCAGCGACGAGGGAUUUCCUUCCGGAAGUGACGAUAUUGAACCAGAUCUUCAGAGUCUUAAAGACGCUGUUCCGUUUGAUUCCGUAACAGAUGAACUUAAAGCUCGUCUUCGGCUUACAGAAACACAAGCUGCCGCGCCUCUCUUACUGCCUCCAAAAGACUAUGACACUGUGGUCCGCAGACAUGGCGAUCUUGACAAAGCAACCAAAAGGAAAUGUCUUCAGAUACCAAUUGUUGGCAGCCGACACAGAAAUGGCUCAGACGAGAGCGGCAUUGUAGACCCAUCACCUACAAGUUCUGAGGGCAAACCGAACUCAAACCUUGACUUGUCCGAUGACAAAAUUUCAUCUCUUCACUCUUCAAAUGGCAUUUCCACGCCACCUGUAGCACCAGAAAACAGAUAUGAUGUCUACCAACCUAUAACUUCUCCCCGAAGUCCCAUGACUCCGAGAAGUUCUUCAAGUUUUGACCAGUAUCCAAGACGAUCUAGACCUGCCUCUUCGUCCGGUGUUCAUAGUAACAGAUCAUCGGGUAAUUACUCCUCAGGUAUAGAACCGAGAUCAACUGUCAUUUACAAUGGAAGGUCUCAUAUCGCGGAUAUUCCUCCAGCCGAUUACGAAGACAACAGCGCGCCAAUUAUGCGACAGAAAGUUGGCAUGUUUUCAGAAAGAGACCUCACAAAAAGUAUGCCGAGUGACAUGUUAAAGGAAGAACUGGACUAUGGAUACGCUGUUGUGCCAAAACGAAUGAACAGACAUAGUGCUAAAUAUUCAAAUGAAGGGAUUUCACCGCGCUCCCCAAGAGUUGUUAGUGAUGGACUUUCUUCUUCACGAGUAGAUAUGAACUAUGGUGACCGCCGAGGCGGCGGUGUAAGGCGCGUGAAUUCCAUGUAUAGAUGAAACAAAGAAAUAACUUAUCAAUUAUAAGUAUAAAAAACUAAUCUAUAGCCUUGAACUAACACAAGUACUUGGCUUAUAUAACUGUCAAUACGCGUAUUUCGUAUUGGUAAAACUGCCCGACAGAUGACAUUGGGGAUAUAACCCCAGAAUAUGACUACGUUCUUCCGACGGGAACGCUCAGUUAAGUAAGCAAGCAAGCUGUGAUGCAGACAAAAUGUGGGUUUAUAUGCCAUUUGAAAACUGGCUAUACUGCCUUUCAAAUACAACGAAAAAUAUACAUAUAGAGUGCAUUAUUAUAUUAUGUAUAUGUAAUCUUUAGAAAACUUACACUGCUAUAUUCUAAUGUUUCGUGUUAACAUCAUUGUAACAUACUAUUCAUUUAAUGUUUAGGGAAACAUGCUACAGUAACAAAUCAUUAAUGAUUUAGUUUGACCCGAAUGUCCUUAAACAUUACGCCUUUUACGACAUCUCCAUGAAAAAAUUUACGACAACUACUUUGCCUUUGGCAAUGUGUAAAAUAAUAACGCAUUGGCUAACAAGUGUUAAAAAGCGAUUGUCACGACCAUAGACGAUUUCUUGGGGUUAAGUCCACUUGCUUAGACGUACAGACUGCCACACCAAUUGUUAAAUAACUGAAACACCUUUUGUACAACACAGUUAACAAGUGAGUGACACUUAUUCGGAUAAAACAUAUGUAAUAUUUGACCUUAAAGUGUUACGUUGGUAAUCAAGACGUUUUUUGGACACAUUUCGGCUGUAAUUUUAAGAAGAAAAAAAAAUGCAAAAAAAGAAGAAAAAUCCAAUCAUCUACACUAUCUUCUGGUAUUUGAAUAAGAAAAUAGAAAUAUUUUUUUCACAACUACUUCACUUUGAUUUCAUAAUUUCGAUUUAUCAAAUUACUUUAGCUAUGACCGGAACCGACUUUGUUUACUGUAGCAUACGAAACAACAUAAUGAUGUUAUAUUUUGGUAUGUAAUUUUCCUGAGGGUCGUGUAAUUUUCAUAAGAUGUUUAAAUUGUUGUAAUGAUGUGUUUAGUGACUCAUUUUAACAGUCGCUGUAAAGGUGCAAUUAUUUUUUCCUUUGUAAAAAUUAUAAAAUAUGUUUUGUUUUUGUAUAUAGAAUUGUACAAAUGUUUUCUUGUUCUUUUUUUGUUAAUUUUCACAGACCGAACUUACAAAUUUAUUUAAGUUCUUCUAUUACAUGUUGCGCCAUAUUUUUGCUCACUUGUUUUUUUGUUAAAAUAGUUCCAAUUUCUUAUUAUUUUAAUUUUGCACAUUUGACUAGGGAAAGUGCCUUAUUCAAACAUGAGUACUUUCUUAUUCACCAUUCGUUUGAGUUAAAACAUACUUGCACUUUUCUAAAAUGUUUUGUUCUAAAACUUUUUUGUUUGCUGUUUUUUUCCUUUCACUUAGACGGGAUAGUGCUUGCUGUCCAUGCAGUUUAAUGAUUUGGUGGUGAUUUUAUUACUCCGCCAUUUCUCAAGACAGGAAUGCAUUUUGACUAUUUUGUAUUAUCUUUAGUUAUUAACAAACAUAGCUUUUAAAGGUGACGCUAUUGUUAUUGCAUAAGUAGUUAUGUUAAUUCUAUUUUUAGAUAAUAAAGAAUUAGCUAAAAUUUUGACUGAAAAUAACGCAGUGCAAAAUAAGAUAUUAAAGAUACCAAAAAAUUGUUUAAAUAUAUAGCUAGACCCACCAAAUGACACGUGACCUUUGUGACAUCAUUUGCUGUUCCUCGGAUGUCAAAGAGCUCCCAUUUAUUCAGCACGUACCUAAUUUUAAGUUAUUUUAACUUGUAACAAGAUUCUUACGAGAUGCUUGUGUGAUAACAUUGUAACAAAUAAUUUACAACUUAACGCUUCAGAACGCCCGAACUAUUUUAAUAUUCUUCCGAUUUAAAAAUCACUACUUUCAUAACCUGUUUAGUUUUAUUUGAUAAAUCAAAGCUUUGCGUUGUUCCAACUGCGUAGUUCCAACGCAUUGCAAGUGUUUUGGUAAUAAACAACGCAUACCGACCUUUUUUGUUUUAAAUCAUUUCCGACAAUUGUGAAUUAAUGGUCGAUUUAAUAACAGAUGUUUAAGAAGUCAUUCGGGAUUGUCCUCGCUGUAAUCAUAUGAUAUCUUUUUUUUACUUCAUUAUAAAAGGCGGGAAUCAGUCCGCAACGCCCGUGUAUUUCGUUUCGCUUUCUAGCUAUUUAUACAUUAAGGGCAUUGUUUAUGACAAGGAAUUGAUAUAUUAGAAGAAACACUACACUCCUUUUGUUAAUUUUUUUUGGGGAUUGAAGUUUACCGACAUUUCUAUUUAGAUAAAAAAAACUUAUGCAUGCGAAACAUGUAAAAUUUUUGGAACUUAGCCAUUUCAUUUGUUAAUAAAAAAUACCUUAAAUUUUGUAGUCGGUUUAGCAUAUUAAACAAAGUUUUUGCAAAGUAUUGGUCAAGAAGUAAAAUUUGAUCACAAGAUAAUGAAAUAAGGUUUAAGCUAUAAUAACGGACAUGCUUAGCACAUUUAACAAUGUCAUUUUUACACGUGUGAUUUAUAUGACCAAAGUUUGACCGCAGGAAUUUUAACAGACCAAAAAUGUUAAUCCGCAUCAAUAUUUUGGCAGAUGUUAAAGAAAGUUACAUUUAACUUCAUUCAAAAAGAUUAUUUCUUUUAUCAUUUAUAUAAAUGUUUCAUUUUAUUUUGAAAGCAAAAUCCAAGGAUACGAAAUAUUAACGGGAGCUAGUUUAAUAAUUUUUUGAAAAAGUCAGUAUACUGAUUUUAAGAGGUCUUAAGUGGGACUUGAGAGUUGAAAUAAAUUACAAUUGAAGCAGUUUGUAUUUAUGUUCUUUUAACGAGAAGUACAUCUUUUAGACAAAUAUUCCAAAAGUAUGCUAACCUCCUGAUCAAACAUUACCUUACUGAAUAUAUUUUAAUUCGGACUAAUGUAAAUAUCGGAACUUUACUUAGAGGACUAUUUUAUGGACAUGAAAUAGAAUAAAAUCGUGUAGUUUAAUAAGGGUACAUGUCUGUAUUUGGCAACAUUCGUGUUAUAUCGUUUUCGAAAGCAAUUUAAAGCAAACACUUAAGAAAACUGUAUACUAUACGAGCAUAAAAUGGAACUUUAAAAGUUUGACACGUGCUAAUUUAUUGGAGCGUAAGCAUUAUAGAAAAACGGUUAAAGGGACAAAUAUAUAUUGUUUUCAAUAUUAAUGCACAUUGCAUGUUAUUUUUUGUUGUGUAAAGCGUCCUCACCACACAAAAUACCUCUGACUUAAGGCUGUAUAAAAGCUUGGUAUAAUAUUUGUUACACAAAUUAUAUUAUUUAUGUUACUUUGUCUGUGAAAUAAUAUUAUGUUACAAAGAAACACGCCAGAAGUGUUUAUUAUGUAAAUCAAAAUGUUGUUGUUAUAUAUACAUGUAAUAAAAUGUUUAUUUAUAAACAUA